AUGAUAUCCAUAACACAACCAGUGCAGCCGCGCCAAUGGAGGGUUGAUCUGGAGACUGCGGGGACGCCCGAACCCCCCCAGGGAUCGCCAUCGGGUCCUCUCGCCCGGACGCCAACCGGCACGAUGGGGCCACCCUGGGAUUUUUCGCAGAUGGCGAGGCAGCCUUUCGUGUGUGGCUGGCACACUACUUGGGCCCCCAACUGUCUACGGUCGGCCAGCGGAGCACCGUGCUUCGGAUCCCGCUACCCUCCACGAUCAAACGUCCGACGCGACAGUAGCUGGUGUAUCAUACCCGGCAUACAUCGCAACACAAUCGCUCAGACCCGACUUCCACCGUACGGCUUCACCAGACAUCACGCCGGAACACGACGGAUCGCUUGGCGGUAUGGCUUUGUCUGGUGGGUGGUAACUUUAAAGCCGGCAGCCGAUGCUAUGGCCUACCACCAACCAACAACAGAGAUAAUUGGUGGCCCUGACCUCUACAUAGACCGGGGCAGCACUAUAAACCUCACCUGUGUGGUUCUAUACUCACCCGAGCCACCAGCUUACAUUUUUUGGAACCACAAUGAUGCGAUAAUAAGUUACGACUCCCCGAGAGGGGGCGUGUCGGUGGUGACUGAGAAGGGGGAGACGACGACCUCAUUCCUGCUAAUCCAGCAGGCAAGACCUUCAGAUUCCGGGACGUAUCAGUGUAACCCGAGCAACGCGCAGUCCAAGAGCAUCGUGGUGCAUGUUCUCAAUGGUGAAUACCCUGCGGCGAUGCAGCGAGGAGGGCAGGCUUUCGCACCGACAUCGCCGACACACUGCCUCGUGUUGGCGGCUUGCCUGUUCAUCACUCUCUCUUGA